CAGAGCCCCCGCCACCCCCCCGGGAUCGGCAGGGGGAGGUGCCUUGUUCCCCCCCGCCGGGGAGGGGGCACGGCGGGGCCGGGAGGGGCUCGCGGGAGCUGCCGCCGCGGAUGCCUUCACCUGGGUCUCUCCAUCAGUGAGCGAGGCGAGGAGAGGCGGUCGGAUCUGGAGAACUACCUCUGGAUGGUUUAAAAAAAAAAAAAAAAUUGCAGGGGAAAGAAAAAAAAAAAAAAACCAACUCCGCAAUCCUCUGCUCCCCACAGGCUGAACAGCAUAAGGGACUGCUAUAUUUGAGGCUGUCAGGAGGAUGGGAGAGAGAGACUGAGAGUCAGGGCGCGAGAGAGACGGUGCCACAGCAGCGAGAUUACUGAAAAGGAGUCCUAACAUUUGUCGAUUCAGUUCUUCUCCUGAGCAUCAUCAGAUUUCAAACAUACAAGAAAAAUUUUGUGGAGAUCAUCUCUGUUUUGAAGGACAACAUCUGGACAGCCAGUAGGAGAGCUGAGGCUAAGCUUUAAUGAAGAAGCAUCAACAAAGCUAACUGUUGCACAAAGAGGGACCGAAGACCUUUGUGACCAAUGAUGUGGUUGUCAUGGAAACUGUUUCUGUUUCUGUCACUCACCGGGAGCCUUUCAGAAUAUUCAGAAGCUGUUCCUGGCCUCCCCACUUCAUAUGCUGCUAUUCUCAGAAUCAAAUCUGGUAGUUCAUCUUUAGCCUCAUUUAACUCAAAGAACAGACCACGAUUAAGCAGUCCUUCAUUAGGAAGUGUAUCUUCACCAGGCUGGAGAGGAGCUGCACAACAUUAUCACUCCCCAACAAACCUUUACCACUUUUCAGAGGCCUUCAAACAUGAUGAAAGUGUCAAUUAUGGGCCUGUGUUUGUACAAGAGCCAGAUGAUGUGAUUUUUCCUACUGAUUCUGAAGAGAAGAAAGUGUCUCUGAAUUGUCAAGCUCAUGGAAAUCCUAUCCCCACAUACAGAUGGCUUAGAAAUGGAACUGAAAUCGACAUUGAAAGUGAUUAUCGCUACAGUUUAAUAGAAGGAAGUUUGAUCAUCAGCAACCCCAGUGAAAUGAAGGAUUCUGGACAGUAUCAGUGUUUAACCACCAACAUGUUUGGUAGUAUAUUAAGCAGAGAGGCUGUUCUUCAGUUUGCAUAUCUGGGGAAUUUUAGUGGUCGGACAAGAAGCGCUGUGUCUGUACGUGAAGGUCAAGGAGUCGUUCUGAUGUGCUCCCCUCCACUUCAUUCACCAGAGAUCAUCUACAGCUGGGUAUUUAAUGAAUUCCCAUCUUUUGUGACAGAAGAUAGCAGACGCUUCAUCUCUCAGGAGACAGGCAAUCUCUACAUCUCCAAGGUGCAAACAUCUGAUGUUGGCAGCUAUAUAUGUCUGGUAAAAAACACGGUGACAAAUGCCAGAGUUUUGAGUCCUCCUACACCUCUGACACUGAGAAAUGAUGGUGUGAUGGGGGAAUAUGAACCAAAAAUUGAAGUUCAUUUUCCUUACACAGUUACAGCAGCAAAAGGAACUACCGUUAAGAUGGAGUGUUUUGCGCUUGGCAACCCUGUUCCAACAAUCUCUUGGAGGAAAGUUAAUGGUCACAAUCCAAGUAAAGCCCGCCUGAGAAAAUCUCAAGCUGUGCUUGAAAUACCUAAUGUGCAGCUAGAGGAUGCGGGGAUGUAUGAAUGUAAAGCUGAAAACUCACGUGGAAGGAAUGUCUUCAGAGGGCAACUUCAAGUGUACACCUACCCACAUUGGGUGGAGAAACUUAAUGAUACUCAAUUAGAUAGUGGGGAUCCACUCCGAUGGGAAUGUAAAGCCACUGGAAAGCCAAGGCCCACAUAUCGUUGGCUGAAAAAUGGAGUUCCACUCUGGCCACAGAGCAGGACUGAGAUGGUUAAUGGUGUACUGAUGAUCAACAGUGUGAAUGUCUCAGAUGCUGGAAUGUAUCAGUGCUUAGCAGAAAAUAAGUAUGGUACUAUUUAUGCCAGUGCUGAGCUGAAGAUUUUAGCUUCAGCUCCCACUUUCCCACUAAAUCAAAUGAGGAAAACAAUAAUUAUUACCAAGGGCCAAGAAGUUGUCAUUGAGUGCAAGCCACAAGCCUCUCCAAAGCCAACUAUCACUUGGAAGAAAGGAGACAAAGCUUUAAGGGAGAGUAAGAGGAUAACUAUUCUUCCACAUGGGAGCCUACGAAUCGUGAAUGCUUCUAAAUCUGAUGAAGGACGGUAUUUAUGCCAAGGUGUAAAUGUAUUUGGAUCUGCAGAAAUCAUUGCAUCAGUAUCUGUUAAAGAACCAACAAGAAUAGAGCUGACUCCCAAGAAGAUAGAGUUAACAGUUGGAGAAAGCAUUGUCCUCAGUUGCAAAGCCCUUCAUGACAGCACACUAGAUGUCACUUUCUAUUGGACACUUAAUGGGCAGCCAAUUGACUUUGAUAAAGAAGGUGGACACUUUGAAAGCAUCAAGGCACAAGCGUCCUCUGCAGAUCUGAUGAUCAGGAACAUCCUCCUGAUGCACGCUGGGAGAUACGGCUGCAGGGUCCAGACUGCAGCAGACACCGUGUCAGAUGAGACGGAGCUGCUUGUUAGGGGUCCUCCUGGUCCCCCAGGGGUUGUAAUAGUGGAGGAAAUUACAGACAACACAGCAACACUCUCCUGGAGCCCUGGAGCAGACAAUCACAGCCCGAUCUCCCUCUACAACUUGCAAGCACGCAGUCCAUUUUCUCUUGGCUGGCAGACAGUAAAAACAGUUCCUGAUGUGAUAAGUGGAGACAUGGAAUCUGCUAUGGCUGUUGAACUUAAUCCUUGGGUGGAGUAUGAAUUUAGAGUUGUAGCAACCAACAAAAUUGGGACUGGAGAUCCAAGUGCACCAUCCCGCCUGAUCAGAACCAAUGAAGCAGUUCCAAAGACACCUCCAGCUAAUGUAAGUGGCAGAAGUGGAAGACGACAUGAAUUAGUAAUAGCAUGGGAGCCAGUAUCAGAAGAGUUUCAGAAUGGAGAAGGAUUUGGAUAUAUUGUAGCCUUCAGACCCAAUGGAACACGUGGUUGGAAGGAAAAAAUGGUGACAUCUUCAGAUGCCUCGAAGUUCAUCUAUAGAGAUGAAAGUGUGCCGCCUCUGACUCCUUUUGAGGUGAAAGUUGGUGUUUACAAUAACAAAGGAGAUGGUCCCUUCAGCCCUAUUGUUGUCAUCUGCUCAGCUGAAGGAGAACCCACUGCUGCUCCUAUUGAUGUCAAAGCUACGAGUUUGUCUGUAUCAGAGAUUCUUGUUGCGUGGAAACAUAUUAAAGAAAGUCUAGGAAGACCACAGGGAUUUGAGGUUGGUUACUGGAAGGACAUGGAGCAGGAAGAAGCAGCAGAAAAGGUCAAAACUGAGGGAAAUGAAUCAUCUGUCCUCCUGACAGGGUUAGAAGGAAAUACAUUAUAUCACCUAACUGUGAGGGCAUACAAUGCUGCUGGGUAUGGACCACCUAGCACAACUGUGCGUGUAACAACCAAGAAAUCACCUCCCAGUCAAGCACCAAGUAAUAUUAUGUGGAUACAGGAUGGCUCUCAAGUUUCUCUUGGGUGGGAGCCAGUUAGACCUCUAGCUAAUGAAUCUGAUGUAAUGGGAUACAAGGUAUUAUUUAGGCAAGAAGGACAGAGCAACAGUCAAAUUAUAGAAACACAGAAAACUUCUGCAGUGGUACUUCUUCCUGAUGUUGGUGUCUACAUUAUUGAGGUCUGUGCGGUCAGUGAAGGAGGUGACGGGACCACUAGUCCCCAGAUCAGAGUUCCAUCUUUUGUAGGAGGGAAAGUAACGAGUGCUCAAACCACCUUACAUGUGUUCUCUACUUCCUCGUCCUCUGUAACAUUGCUUUUGGCACUGAUGGUUCCUUCAACUUCAUGGUGAAGACUGAAGACUUCAUUGUUGUUAUUUGUUUGCUUUAGCUUGAUGACACCAAGGAAUGGAGUUUUAUGUCCAUGGAUUAACAGGAAAGCCAAGCUAAUGCUUAAAGACCCAUAGAAAUACCUGUGGUGCACUUAGAAGAAUGUUGAAGAGAGUCAAAAAUUCAUCAGGUUUUUUUUUUUCUCUUCAGUUUUUGUAAAAAUCCUCUGGGGAGGGGACUCUUCUUGGCCCAAAAAUAUGCAGAUUGUAUGUAAUAAACUUUUGUAAGCAAAUGUAAUUUCUGUCAAAUGUACUUUACUUUUUUAAUAUGUUCAAUUUUGGUAACCCCAGACAUGUAUCAUUAGGUGUUUAAACAGUGGUGUCUAGUACAGUACAUCUGUUUGGUUAAAAAAUAAAUAAAUAAACUUUUUUAACUAGAGAACAAAGUUUGACAUAGCUUUGUCUAAGAUUUCUUGCAUCCCAUGCAGCUGGCUGUUCCUAUUGACAAGACAGCAAGACAGAAAAAAAUAUAAUUAAAAUAUUUAUCCCAUUGCAAGAGUACAGAGAAAUUAUUCUUAAAAUAUAUAAUAUAUAAUAAAUUAGAAAAAGAAAAUCAUCAAUAAAAUACUAGACAGCACACUUUAAAAGUGACAAAAUGGAGGAGAAAAGAAGACAUAUAUUUUAUUUCUAGGUAACCUGAUCAUAAUUAAACACAAAAUUUAAAGGAAAUAAAUACCAUUGUUUUUCAUUAAAUGUUACAUGAUUUAAUGUCAAAUGAUUCAAAUAUUUACUUUCAAUAGGAAAUAAAAAGUCUAUUCCUAAUGCAUAUGACAAUGAAAUUUCCACUGGGCAUUUAAACAUGAUAUAGAGAAGGUAUGCAAGAAGAUAAACCUACUUUUUCCAAGCACUUCUCAGUUGUAAUCUUUUUUUUUCCACUGGGUCCAUUUUUAAGUAAGAUUCUAUACUUCGUAUAAUUGGAAAGCCAGUUAAAGCAUAUAUGAGAGUAUAUAACAGAAGGAACAUUAACAAUUUUUGAAACGUAGUCAUUCACACAUACAGACUUCUGUAGGAUAGGUUUUGGAGAAUAGUGUGUCUGAAAAAUGGUUGGAUAAUGAGCAUCAUUCCAAUUAUUUAGUUACCUGGAUCUAUUUCUAUAGCUCACUAGAUAGAUUUAUUCUUAUAGGGACUGUACGCUAUCAGUUGUAAUCCCUGCUUUUUGCUGUACCAAACAAAUUUUCACUCAAUAUACAAUCUGGACAACUUUUCUAAAUUUGAAGAUGUUUCCAUAUAUUGGCACCUGAAUCAAAAUGAUCUCCAUUGUAUAUGCUGUGUGUGUUUGUACAGUUAUGGAGUGUGUGGUGUUAUGAAGGAUGGUGUUUUACUACCAUGUGUCUAGGUAUUGUGCCUAGGAUAAACACUCCUUGUCUGGGAAAAAUCAAGUAAAAAGAGUUCAAGAGACAAGUCCUAAUGGCAUAGUUCUUCUAGUUGUCCAUCCUUCUAAAAGUUUUGAUGCAAAUCUGUUUUGGUUCAUGUGUUCACUUAAUUAAUGAUAUUAUUUUGCCAGCUCACUAGCGAAUAAUACUUUGUAUUUGGAUAGUAUGCUCUAAUGGUGUCCUUUCUUAGCACUUUUAAAAUAGUAGGCAAGAAAGCACAAUGCUUGGUAGGUAAAAAGCUGACUGAUGACUUAAUUUGUUUUGAAUAUUUUACCAGUUGAAUUUUUCAGAGAUGAAUCAACUCAAACCUUUAUUAUUUUAUUCAGGAGAGGUUCGGAUUGAAUAUUAGGAAAAGGUUCUUCACUUGGUGGAACAGGCUACCUGGGGAAGUAGUCACAGCAGCAAACCUGCUGGAGUUCAAGAAGCAUUUCGACAAUGUUUGCAGACAUAUGGUCUAAUUUUGGUGUGGUCCAGUGUGGAGACAUGAGUUGGACUUUACGAUCCUUGUGAAUACAUUCCAACUCAGAAUAUUCUGAUUCUAUCAUUCUAUGAUUCUAUGAUUCCAUCAUUAAGAUUAAAAGAAAAUAUAUAUACAUAUGAAAAAAGUAGGUUUUAAAUGUACUUAGUCACCAUGUUGCUAGCAAAACAAUGACAGGAUAAUGAGCUGAACCCUGACUGUUGUGUAGUUACAAACAGGAGACCUGUCUGUAUCUCUGCUUGUGAAAAAGCUUCUGAGAUAAAAGAAAGGAAGGGGAAAUAUACUUUGCUGAUAGAACAAAUUCAAAGAAAUAACUGCCUGUUUUAUUUUGCAAAACAACAGCAUUGCUAUAAACCAUCAUUUUUCAAAAGGUUAAAGUGAACAAGAAUAAAGUGAUGAACCAAAAAGUAAAAUGGCUAUUUUAUAAACUAGCUAAGCAUAAUUUCCUCUAUUUUUUUAUACUUGCCAAUGCAGUUUAUUUCAAAGUAUUCAAAAAGGGUACUGUUGGAAGUUUGGCUAAACAACUUUCUGAAUACAAUAAAUGACUAUGCUUUUUUAAGAAUGAACAAAGAAGAAUGAAAGUCUGAUAAGGAGAUAGAGCUGCAUAUAAUUAUAUCUCAAUCUCUAGUAUAAAGAUACAGAUAGAAAUGAUGAACAUAACAUCAUGUAACGUAGUUGUAAUGCAGGGACAAAAAGGGGUAUGUUUUAUAUUCAACAUGAACAGAAUAUGUAUUUUGCAUCUAAAUAUAUUAAUAAACAAGUUUUAAAUGUUUAA